AGACGAGGGGGGCCAAUCGGAUUGGCCCACGAAGCAAUUCGUGCCCAGCCACCCCAUGUCGUAGUUGCUUAGUAACAAUUUCGGAACACAUCACGGGUAUCACAAGUUCGAGAGAGACUCUCUUUCCUUUUUUCCUUUUUCUUUUCCUUUUUUUUUCUUUCGUUUUCUUCCUUCAAGUGAGUUGCGAUUGAGGAACAGAGUGCGAGUGCCGGUACCGUCCGCCCUGGUAUUGUUGUACCGGUAGGCGUGCGGAAGAGGGGUUCGUCACAGGCCGGACGCGGGGACGAAGAAAACAACUACAAACAAAUGAAACAGAUGAGGAGGAGAAGGAUAAAUAUAGUCUCGGCAUGGAGACAACAAGAGUGACUGUAACUAACUGACUGAGCGAUGGACGGAUACCCGUACCGGUACGGAGUGUAUGGAGAAAGAGCGUCCCUAUCGUACACUCGUGUGGACAACUGCGCGUGCCGUACGGUACCUUGUGUGUUAUGUGCGAUGUGAUAACCCAAAGCUAGGAGACAACCGCGUCGGACCGGAGGCAGUGAAUCGGAGGUGCUCUCAAAAAGUUCUGCGGAACUUUGCUUAUGAUACCUCUCCUUCCUUUCCGCGUCCGAUCUUGAUUGUGCCUGCCUACCUGCCCGCUUCCCGCUUGCCAACAAGUCAAUUCUCGCCAAUCAUCCCGCCAACUCAUCCGUCUGCCAAAUUUAUUCAUUUAUUACCAGCCUCACAUAUAAU